GACGCCCAGCUCCAGGACAGGCGCGCAUCCUCUGUGGUCUUCCUCCACAUUCUCCGGGCGUGUCCAUGCUCAUGCCCCCCAUAUCGUGACCCAUGCGUGCGUGCGCAUCGUGCCAGCACAGUGAUGCACGUAUCGCAGCUCUGCCAUCACCACCAUACGGCAUUUAGAUAAACCAGACGGAUGCAGUAAUCGCAAAUGUGUCUCUUUGCCUCAAGAGUAAUUAACGCCAAUGGAAGAUACCGAGAUUGAAGCCUUGUGCUUCUCGCCUCGCCUCGUCUCGUCGUACUCGUACAAUACAGUACACACUGUCACCCACGCCCACCACGGCCACCCCCAUACUCUCUCUGUGCGCGGUGGGUGGGCGGCGGGCGUACGGCGAACUGCGGCGGGCGGCUCUCCCGGGACAAGACCAAUUGCUUGCAUACACAUAAUUCUAACGUUUAUUGCAUUAUUGCGCUGGCUACAUUGGCAAUUGCUGAUGCUACCUCUUCCAAGAGCGCGAUUUUUGAAUUUUUUCAUCCUUCCUUCGUUUGCUUUCUGUAAUACGGAGUACAUGCUACGAGAUAACUCUGUACGCUUUUCUUGGAGGAAAGACACAAGAGGGAAAAUGCCUCCCUCCCAAGACAACUUGACACAUCGCAGAGUAGACCCAAGCAUUCCAUACUUCUUGUCGUUGGUCUUGGUCCGUCGAGUCUGGACGGUCGUUGAAAAUGUUUCAAUACAAUCAAUCUCUCAAUCGCUCAAUUCUCCCGACCGUUAGCUCAAUCAACCAUCUAUCUAAACCAUCGAUCUAAC